UUUAUACUACCUGAGUCACGGUAAUAUAUUAACAAAAAAGGUUUAUGUAGCUCGCAGUUUCCGAGACAGAGUUCAGCCCCCACUGAGGGUGGGGGUGGAUGAUGUCACAAUGGUACUCAUGCGUCCAUAAGCUAUCACAUGAUAAAGUAGACAGGACAUAAGGGAGGGACUGAAGAACCAGGCUCUCACAAGAACAACUACUCAAGUCACAAAGCUUCCACUUACUCCUCCUAAGGGAUAACUAACUCACCAAGUGACUCAGCCUCCUCUCCCUAGGCUCCGCCUCCUAAAGACACCGCCACACCAACACUCUGAGCUCCCAGCUUCCAACACAGCAGCUUUUAGUAGAAAAACCAUAGCAAAAGGAUUAGCUUGUUUUUUGAAUCGACCCCAAUCCUAAGAACGAAAAUCCUGGACAGAGGCUAUCAUCGGUAUCUGGAUUUAUAUCAGGACAUUGGCAAACUCGGUUGUAGAUGGUGCGGGCAGGGUUUCUGGGUCAAAACAGGUUUGCAGCCUAGUCCCUUCCAGCAGCUGACAGAGGGUGGGAACCGUGUCACUGGCAGAGAGGUGUGUCAGCCACUGCUAGUUACAGGAACAUGGAAAGUCAGGUGCUCUGGGACAUUAAGGUUUGUUAAGAGGGGUUAGUACCUACCGACAGCUCUGAGCUGCUCCCAAGGGUUCCUAACCUCUUCAUUCUGCUUCCUGUUUAGGCGUAUUCCUGUUAGAUAUAGUAACUUGUACAAGCUAUUCUAGCCUUAGCAUGAGCUAAAUGACCUCCUUCAAAUAAUGACAGGACCUCAUUUCUACCGGGCUUUACAUAUUCACUUUUAUUAGUGUAUCUUCACUGUCUAGAGUAACGGGCUUCGUGGCAGCAUUUUCAAUCCAUGUGUGUCAGGGAUUCUCACCACGUGUGCCUCACACCCUCUUUUCCCUGCCCUCUCAUCUAUCUUCCAGUUUUUGGCUUUUCGUGUAGACUCCACAUAUGAGAACGGAUGUCAUGUUCCUCAUUUUGGGUCUGGCCCAUUUCACUUAACACAAUCAUCUCCGGUUACACCCACUUACCUGGAUACAAGCUUCCCUUCGUUAAGGCUGAAUGAGACUUCAUUGUGUGUAUACCGUGGACCUUACCACUCACCUGCUGAUAGACCUCCAAGCUGCUCUCAUCCUUCUGCUAUUGUGAACGGCAAAACUGCAUAGAAACUCUAAUGGACGAAGAUGAGAAGGAUAGAGCAAAGAGAGCCUCUCGAAACAAGUCUGAGAAGAAGCGUCGGGACCAGUUCAAUGUUCUCAUCAAAGAGCUCAGCUCCAUGCUCCCAGGCAACACUCGGAAACUGGACAAAACAACUGUGCUGGAGAAGGUCAUCGGAUUUCUGCAGAAACACAAUGAAGUCUCAGCACAAACAGAAAUCUGUGACAUCCAGCAGGACUGGAAGCCUUCAUUCCUCAGUAACGAAGAAUUCACCCAGCUGAUGUUGGAGGCGUUAGAUGGCUUCGUCAUUGUUGUGACAACGGACGGCAGCAUCAUCUAUGUGUCCGACAGCAUCACGCCUCUCCUCGGACAUUUACCGGGUACAGAGGAGGAGUCCAUGAAGGGUCUUCACAGAUCAAGAACUCUGAGGCUCUGCCUCCGCUCUGAAGUUCACCCAGUCGAGCGUGCGUCUUUUUCUCUUUAUUUUCUCUUGCAGUCGGAUGUCAUGGAUCAGAACUUGUUAAAUUUCCUUCCAGAACAAGAACAUUCCGAAGUUUAUAAAAUCCUUUCCUCCCAUAUGCUUGUGACGGAUUCCCCCUCCCCAGAAUUCCUAAAAUCUGACAACGAUUUAGAGUUUUAUUGUCAUCUUCUGAGAGGCAGCUUGAACCCAAAGGAAUUUCCAACUUACGAAUACAUAAAAUUUGUAGGAAAUUUUCGCUCUUACAACAAUGUGCCUAGCCCCUCCUGUAAUGGCUUUGACAACACCCUUUCAAGACCCUGCCGCGUGCCCCUGGGGAAGGAGGUCUGCUUCAUCGCCACGGUGCGCCUGGCAACACCACAGUUCUUAAAGGAAAUGUGUGUAGCUGACGAACCUUUAGAGGAAUUCACUUCGAGGCAUAGCUUGGAAUGGAAAUUUUUAUUUCUGGAUCACAGAGCCCCUCCAAUCAUAGGAUACCUGCCCUUUGAAGUACUUGGCACGUCAGGCUAUGACUACUACCACAUUGAUGACCUGGAGCUCCUGGCCAGGUGCCACCAGCACUUGAUGCAGUUUGGCAAAGGGAAGUCGUGUUGUUACCGGUUUCUAACCAAAGGACAGCAGUGGAUUUGGUUGCAAACCCACUACUACAUCACCUACCACCAGUGGAACUCCAAGCCCGAGUUCAUCGUGUGCACACACUCGGUGGUCAGUUACGCAGAUGUCCGAGUGGAAAGGAGACAGGAGCUGGCUCUGGAAGAUCCACCCACAGAAGCCAUGCACCCCUCUGCACUGAAGGAAAAGGACUCAAGCCUAGAGCCUCAGCCGCACUUUAAUGCACUUGACAUGGGUGCCUCAGGUCUUACCAGCAGUCCUUCGCCAUCAGCAUCCUCGAGGAGUUCCCACAAGUCCUCACACACAGCCAUGUCAGAACCCACCUCCACUCCAACCAAGCUGAUGGCUGAGAACAGCACCACAGCUUUGCCAAGAUCAGCCACCCUACCCCAGGAGUUACCAGUGCAGGGGCUCAGCCAGGCAGCCACAAUGCCAGCUCCUCUGCUUUCCUCAUCAUCCUGUGACCUUGCCAAGCAGCUCCUGCCUCAGUCCCUGCCUCAGACGGUCCUGCAGAGUCCACCUGCUCCAGUGACACAGUUUUCAGCACAAUUUAGCAUGUUCCAGACCAUAAAAGACCAGUUGGAGCAGAGGACACGGAUCCUGCAGGCCAACAUUCGGUGGCAGCAGGAAGAGCUUCACAAGAUCCAGGAACAACUCUGCCUGGUCCAGGACUCCAACGUCCAGAUGUUUCUACAGCAGCCAGCGGUGUCUCUGAGCUUCAGCGGUGCCCAGAGACCGGCAGCUCAGCAGCCACUGCAACAAAGGCCAUCUGCACCGUCUCAGCCCCCGCUUGUGGUCAACACUCCACUGCCGGGGCAGAUCACAUCCACCCAAGUCACAAACCAGCACCUGCUCAGAGAAUCGAAUGUGAUGUCCGCCCAGGGUCCAAAACCAAUAAGAAGCUCCCAGUUGCUGCCUGCCAGCAGCCGUUCACUGAGCAGCCUGCCGUCCCAGUUCAGCAGCACAGCGUCCGUGCUCCCACCAGGCCUGAGCCUCACCACUGUCGCUCCCACCCCUCAGGACACCAGCCAGUGCCAGCCCAGCCCUGACUUCGGCCAUGAUCGGCAGCUCAGGCUGUUGCUGAGCCAACCCAUCCAGCCUAUGAUGCCUGGGUCUUGUGAUGCCAGGCAGCCCUCAGAAGUCAGCAGGACUGGACGGCAAGUCAAAUAUGCACAGAGCCAAGUGACGUUUCCAAGUCCUGACUCCCACCCCACCAGCAGCAGCGCCCCCACCCCGGUCCUGUUGAUGGGGCAGGCCGUGCUCCAUCCCGGCUUCCCCGCAUCCCAGCCAUCACCCCUGCAACCAACACAGGUACAACAGCAGCCACCACCCUAUCUACAGGCACCAACAUCUCUGCACAGUGAACAGCCGGACUCGCUCCUUCUCUCCACCUUCUCCCAGCAGCCAGCACCUCUGGGCUAUGCAGCCACACAGCCUACACAGCCGCAACCCCCACGCCCUUCCCGCAGGGUCAGCCGGCUGUCAGAGUCCUAAGGUCUCCAGCAGCCAUCCCGGUAGUGCCCUGACACUGGAGUCCAGAAGCAAACAGCUUUAACCAAUGGAAAACGGGGUUGGCCGUGGGAGAUGGGAAGAAGCGGUUGUGUGACUUUGGCGCACCCUGUGUACAUUUCAGAACUCCUGAUGGUAACAUGUCUGAAGUGUGGCACUUGCAGAAUGGGGAAAGAACAGGAUUAUUGGCCAUGAUUUCCUUGCCCUGGGCUUCUCGGGCAUCCGCUACAGCCAUACAGACAGGAACUAAGUGCCCUGUAUGGGCACUGCUUCCUGGUCUAUUUGCAGAGGUGGUACCUCUCGCUGCCUCCAGGGGAGAGCGCUCCAAGUACUCUACCGACUGACACAGGUCCUAAGCCCUAGCGGGCCUUGACUCUCUUGAUGGUCUUUCCUUUACAGUCAAGGACUAAGUUAAAGGUCUUUGGAGAGAGUAUAAAGAGAUUAUUUUUCAUUAUUUUUAAAUGGUUGUUUUUUUUUUAAUUUGCACACCUGUGCACAAGGGAAAUAACAGGCACUUUCGGGGGUUUUUGUUUGUUCGUUCGUUUGUUUGUUUGUUUGUUUUAAUAAUAAGGUCCCAUGGCUUCAUUGGGAAUACACAAUAAUAGAAACAGUCCCACCAAUCAGAUAGCGAAGCCUGUUAUUAAUGAAGCUACAGAUCCACACCCUUGGCCUAAACCCUAGCGGACUGAGGCUCUCGGGCACCAGGCCCUACAGGGGUGUUUUCCUUCCUAAAUAGAACACUGGACUCUUCCUGUUAAUUUCGCUGAUAGUAACUACAAAAGUGGAUUCAGCAAAGCACAAUCUCACAAUGAUUCCGAAUUCCUGAGAGACAUCUUAGACUAUGAGGGAAGAGGGCCCACAAGCAGGGGUACUCCGCAGGCCGAAUCUCCCAGGAAACCAGGCAUGUGAUGGCCUUCCUAGUGAGGUAGGCCACCAUGACUUCCGGUAUAUCUUCCCCGAUGAUUCCGAAGAUCGGAUUUUCCUUUUCAGAAUGCACUUUGCUUUUUUUUUCUUUAUGUUUUGUUACAUCGAGGUGUUUCUAAAGAGAAGAUUUUAUGUAAUUAUAAGAGGAAGUGUAGUGAAUUGUACAGCUGUUGUAAUAAUGACCUAUUUCUAUAAAAAAAUAAAAUUGUAUGGAUUAUGUGUAAAUUAUUUUGUAUCUGAGAGACCAGUUCCAUUCACAAAUAUGAAAGUAUAAAGGUUUCCUUGUGUUUUUCUGUGAGUGAAACAUUUUGUAAUAAAUUAACAAGUUUGUACAA